CUUUGCAGCAGCAUCAGCAGCUCAGACGACACCUGUCACUUUUCUUGGAGAAACCACACACAUUUCAUCUUUCUUGUCUUGCAAGAAAAGGAGGAGGAGGCGACGAUCUUCACCCCCAUGGCUUCUUCCUGUGCACAAUUUGGCGGUUGGGAGCGUUACGCAUCGGACCCUUGAUGCUACAGUGUGUCCUGAGAGGAGGCAGUGCAUUAUAGACAACACACACACACACACACACACACACACACACGCACACACGCACACACGCACGCACACACACACACACACGGGGAGAGAGGAAGACCCUCGGAGGACACGAUGAAAGAUUUGAUCCUGGCUCUGAUCCUCCUGCUGCCUCUGGUCUCCUCCGAGUUGCAGCAUUGCAUCAUCAUGCAAGAACACGAGAAAUGCAUGGAGAGGAUGGAAAUGCACAACCCCAGCGAUGACUUGGACAUAAUGUGUCCGUGGCUGUGGGACAACCUGACCUGCUGGCAGGCGGCCAGCGUGGGUGAGGUGGUGGUGGUCAACUGUCCAGAAUUCCUCCACGAACCCCUGGGCCCGGAGGACGAGAUGGGGACGGUAAGUCGUAACUGUACUGAGGACGGGUGGUCAGAACCUUUCCCUCACUACCUGGACGUCUGUGACUUUUACGGCAACGCCACUAAACCGGACAUGUACUACGCAUCAGUCAAGGCGCUGUACACUGUGGGCUACAGCACCUCUCUGGUGUCUCUCACCACCGCCAUGGUUAUUCUCUGCAGGUUCAGGAAGCUCCACUGCACCAGAAACUUUAUCCACAUGAACCUCUUUGUGUCCUUCAUGCUGAGAGCCAUCUCUGUCUUCAUCAAGGACGGAGUUUUGUACGCACAAGAGGACAGCGACCACUGCUUUGUACACACGGUGGCGUGUAAAGCUGUGAUGGUUUUCUUCCACUAUUGCGUCAUGUCCAACUACUUUUGGCUCUUCAUUGAAGGCCUUUACCUCUUUACUCUGCUGGUGGAGACUUUCUUUCCUGAGAGGAGAUACUUCUACUGGUACACCAUUGUUGGCUGGGGAACUCCCACUAUUUGUGUAACUGUCUGGGCCGUCCUCAGGCUCCAUUUUCACGACACUGGAUGCUGGGAUACAAAUGAGAACACUGCCCUCUGGUGGGUGAUCAAGGGACCUGUCGUGGCCUCCAUCAUGAUCAAUUUUGUGCUCUUUAUUGGAAUCAUCAUCAUCCUGGUGCAGAAGCUUCAGUCUCCGGACAUUGGCGGCAACGAAUCCAGCAUUUACCUCAGCUGUGCUCAGAAAUGCUUCAGUGAGCCCUCACAGGCUGUUCAACAUUCGUGCAGGAUGUCAGAGUUAUCCACCAUCACGCUGCGUCUGGCUCGCUCCACCCUCCUGCUCAUCCCACUCUUUGGAAUUCACUACACCGUCUUUGCCUUCUCACCCGAGGACGUCAGCAAGAGGGAGCGUCUGGUCUUUGAGUUGGGACUAGGAUCUUUCCAGGGUUUCGUGGUGGCUGUCCUCUACUGCUUCCUCAAUGGAGAGGUGCAGUCAGAGAUCAAGAGGAAAUGGCGCAGCUGGACCGUGAACCGGUACUUUGCUGUGGACCUGAAGCAGCAGAGGCAUCCUUCGUUGGCCAGCAGCGGAGUGAACGGCGGGACGCAGCUGUCCAUCCUGAGCAAGAGCAGCUCCCAGAUACGCAUGUCCAGCCCCCUGGCGGAGAGCGCCAACAUCAGCCUGCCCACUUGAGCGUGUGAGCGCCGCGACCACAAGCCGCCACGCGGUCUCCAUGAAUCCUCGCCAGGCGGAAGAGACCAAAGCGCCGCACACACAAGUAGAGUACUCCUCGAGUUAUUAGUGCCAGCAUUUUCUUAUUCAACCACUCAUUUUCACAUCUCAAUUACUUCAAUUUUGUCGAGGCUUUACAAAUUCACUUUUUCAACCUUUUUAAAGCUCUUUUAAUGAACUGUGGUCGUACUGUAGGGGUCCUAUUUGGCUUUGUGUACAGUCAGUGUGCUUCAAAGUGCCAUAGAAGUCGCCUGAAUGGAGUCCAAAGGUUUAAAACACACACUCACACACACACACACACACACACACACACAUGUCUUGCCUACUUUGUGUGGACCCACGUUUGGUUAGUAGGUUGUGAGGGCCCCCCUUUCCACUAUAGCUAGAAUGAUGGAAAACAUAUAUAUCUAGCACUAGAUGGGAGUAGAGAGUUGCAACCUCACUUCAGAAUGCAAAACUUUACACACAAAGUAAAAAAAAUAUUUUACUUCUCUAGUUGUGAGGACCAGGCAAAUGUCCUCACAAGUCAAAAGGUCCUCACAGAAAGUGUGGUUUGUCAAGUGUAUGUCCACACAAGGAUGGUGAGACAAGUGCACACACACACACACACACACACACACUUGCCUCGCUUGUACAUAUAAUGCUCAUUGUUUAAAUGUUGCAUUUUGCUUUUUUCUACAAACAGCCGUAAAGUACAGAGUAUGUCAAAAGAUAGAAAAAAAAAAAAAAAAAAAAAAAAACCUCAUGGAUUUUGUAAAUAGAUGGGUAGAUUUCUUUCUUUAUUCAUUAGUUUUGCAUUGUAUUGAAUCAUCCUUUUCUGCAAAAGAGAGAAAAAAAAACAAAAACUGGAGCCCAAAUCUGUAGAAAGAAAGCAGGAAUAUAAAAAUAAUCAAUGUCAGGGGUGUCCAGAUGUUAUCAACAUCAAAAUUGUACACGUUAGGUAUGCUAAAAAUAAAAAUAAUAAUAAUACCGUAUUUUUCGGACUAUACGUCGCAAUUUUUUUCAUAGUUUGGCGACUUAUACUCAGGAGCGACUUGUGUGUGAAAUGAUGAACACAUUAGCGUAAAAUAUCAACUAAUAUUAUUGAUCUCAUUCACGUAAGAGACUAGAGUCCAGACCUGGGCAUUCUGCAGCCCGCGGGCCACAUCCGGCCCUUUGUGCGUCCCUGUCCGGCCCGCGUGAGGCCAAUUAUAAAUUACAAAAUACAUUUUAAAAAGUAUCUUUGUCGAGUGUGCAAUACAACGGUGCUGCUUUUGUUUUGAAAAUCGUUAUUUGUAUUACUUCCGUGUGGACGUAUGUGUGUGCGUGAUUGUGAGUGAAUGUGAACAGCUGCAAUCACAAAUUACAAAAUAAAGUUGAAAAAACAUCUAUGUCAUGCGCGCAAUACAACUGUGCUGCAUUUAUUUUGAAAAGUAUUAUUUAUGGGUGUGUGUCCGUGUGUAACCUGCACAUGCAGCGACAAGUGAUGCACGGUUUACACCCGAGACGCUAAAAAGAGAAAAGUUGAUGAUGAAUGGCGUGUUUUCAACAAGACAUGGACUGCCAAGCAACGUUCCCUCUAAGGUGCGCGCCUGCGCAAUUGCGCACUGCUCAAGCGUCCGCUGCGCGCAGCAAAUAUAUGCCGCGCACCAAAUCAAAUCCCAUCUGAAUUCUAAACAAAAUAAACACAUUUAUUGUGUGUAAUUUUGCAAUGCAACUUUGAGUGACAGUGACAACAAGCGGCCCUAACGGUGUUCGUCAACACCGUUGAAUUAUUGUAACAUCUAUCGAGAUGCUUCGAGGACAGGAAUUAUAUCGAUCACUUUAUUGAGCAAAAUUGUUUAUAUUCGGCCAUAACCACACCAAAAACAUGAGUAAAACAAUUCUAUCUGGAAAAACUAGUCAUUUUCUGCCGUACAAACCAGGCCAAAAGCAACUUGUCAUCUGUCACCAACACGCAUAGCACUAAACCAAUGCUGCGUUUAUGGCCACACAAAAAGUCGGACAACUC